AUUAAAGUGAUUUAAAGAACGAAAAUCUCGCGUAUCUCAAUCAUCCUGUAAAACAAUUAUAAGAGAUGGCAAACAAGAAAUUUUCCGGACAGUUAAUGAAAGAAGAGAAGAUUAAAGACUUGGAAAAGCAACUAAAAGACAUCAUUGUCAGCAUAGAAGACUUACAAAAGAAAGAGAAAAUUAUCAAAAAUGAAUUGAAAGAGUUAAAAGCAAACCAGGGAAAUUCUUCGGUGAAAGCAAGCCUCACAAUGGACGAAAAUUCAUGUUCGAAUACUCCACUACCACCGGCCAUGGAGGAAAGUAAAGGCACAUUGUCUAACUGCAAACAUUGUAAUUACUUACUAUCGAUCUUGAGAAAAAGAGACAAUGAAAUCACUUCGCUAAGUACUACCUUGGAAGAGUACAAGUCCACAUUGAAGGAAAGAGACGAUGAGAUUACAUCGGUAAAGAAUACAUUAGUACAACGUGUAUCAAUCUUGAAUCAAAAAGACAAGGAGAUUGCAUCUCUGAACGCAUCAUUAAAACAAACUGUUUCUAUCUUGAUUCAACGAGACGAUGAGAUUGCAAAGCUAAAUUCAGCAUUAGAACAAAAAGUAUCAAAGUUGAGUCAACGAGAAGAUGAGAUUGCAAGGCUAAAUGCUGCAUUAGAGCAAAAAGUAUCAAUGUUGAGUCAACGAGAAGAUGAGAUUGCAAGACUAAAUGCAUCAUUAGAACAAAAAGUAUCAAUGUUGAGUCAGAUGGACAAUGAUUUGGCAUGGUUAAAUGCAUCAUUGCAACAAAAAGUAUCAUUCUUGAGUCAAAAGAAAAAUCAGAUUGCAUUGCCUUUAAAGGAACGUGAAAAUUUGAAAAAUGCGGGAAGGCUGUGUGAAAACGAUUGCGUUCUUUGUUGUUUUGUUGAUAUUUGCAAAACGUACAUAAGUGACUUGCCUUCCUUUUGUGGUCGUUCUUUGGAAAAGCAAAUCACAGCCUACGCUGUUGGCAAAAAAUUACUCGAUGAAAAUGAUUUGAACUGCCUUCAACUCAUGAAUAUCUUACAAAAGACUGGACUUGUUCACUUUCGAAAAUGUUUUGAAUACCCUAUUGAUCCGUUGUUGCGUAAAGGAAAGAUUAAAGAAGCUUGGUUAGCGAUGAUGAAACUAUCCUUCGAGACAUCUGCCUUACUGAUUGGCCGACUCAUGUUUAAUGGACCAGGUCAUUGCGAAUGGUUUUGCAGGGACAAAAAUACCAUAUUUGAUUCGCAGUCAGGAGUUUCAACAAAAGCCAAUUUUGAGAGCUUCUACAUUCGUGUACAACAUGACAAAGGAAUCGCGUUCUUGGGGUUCAACAUUUCCAGAGUAGAAAAGUUUAUCAAUGAAAACAGAAACCAUCUGAAAUGUGACUCUUUUCACGACCUAAAUUAUCAACGAGUGGAUUAUGGAUCAGGUGUCUUUAGGGAAACAGUGCUUUUCUUAUGAUUGUGACUAGGUGUGUCUGUGUCAAGAAGUGAAGAAAGAAAAGUCAUGGCAGUGAGGCAGAAGAAUCAGCUGUAAAAAGACAGUUGUGCAUUGUUUUUCAAGUUUUAUCAAUUUGUGGGCUUUUAAGGCCUUCAUCAUUACUUUUUGGAACGAAACAGCUUAUAGCUAUUUCAGUAAAUUUUCCAUAAAAAAUAUAAUAUUAGUAUUAAUGAAAGUAAUCCUAAAUGUUUUGGUAAUCCAAUUUUAGAUCAUACAAUAGUUUUAAAAUGUUGGAUGAAUUCUACAUCUAUAGUAUUUUUAAGUAUUUUAGAUAAUAAAUAGUUAUAGAUAAUCAUAAUUAUUGUUAUUCAUGAUUGUUAUUGCUGUAUAGCUAUUAGCUUUAUAGCUAUUCUGUGUAAGUAUUGAAACAUUACUAAUACCAAUUACCAUUAAAAAUUCGAAAGUCA